AUGGGCAACUUAAUCAAAUUCUUCGAGUUGAACACAGGGGCCAAAAUCCCUUCUCUUGGGUUAGGCACAUGGCAAGCUGAACCAGGAGUUGUAGCACAAGCUGUCACCACAGCCAUCAAGGUUGGAUACAGGCACAUUGACUGUGCUCAAGCUUAUAACAAUCAAGCAGAGAUUGGUUCUGCUCUUAAGAAGGUUUUUGAUGAUGGUGUGGUGAAGCGUGAGGACUUAUGGAUCACUUCCAAACUCUGGUGCUCAGAUCAUGCUCCAGAAGAUGUGCCAAAAGCUUUGGAUAAAACAUUACGGGAUUUGCAACUUGACUACCUUGAUCUCUAUCUGAUCCACUGGCCAGUCCGCAUGAAAAGUGGAUCAAAUGGAUUCAAGAAAGAAUAUCUGGCCCAACCAGACAUUCCCAGCACAUGGAGAGCAAUGGAAACACUCUAUGACUCUGGCAAGGCUAGAGCCAUAGGAGUCAGCAAUUUCUCUUCAAAGAAACUUCAAGAUUUGUUGGACACAGCAAGAGUUCCUCCUGCUGUUAACCAAGUGGAAUUGCACCCAGGAUGGCAGCAACCAAGGUUGCAUGCGUUCUGUGAAUCUAAAGGAAUUCAUCUAUCUGGAUACUCUCCACUAGGCUCACCAGGAAAUCUGAAAAGUGACAUUCUUAAGAAUCCUGUUGUCUUAGAGAUUGCAGAGAAAUUGGGGAAGACACCAGCUCAAGUUGCCCUUCGGUGGGGAUUGCAAUCAGGUCAUAGUGUGCUGCCAAAGAGUACUAAUGAGUCCAGGAUCAAGGGAAACUUUGAUAUCUUUGACUGGUCUAUUCCAGAAGAACUAAUGGCCAAGUUCUCUGAAAUUAAGCAGGAUAGACUAAUUAAGGGCACUUUUUUUGUUGACGAGACCUAUGGUGCCUACAAGACAGUUGAAGAGCUCUGGGAUGUUGACCUAUUCGUUACGCCGUUCUCUCUGUGGUCACGGCCCCAGGCUCGGUUACGUUCUGCACCGUCGAUAAUGGCCGGCGAUGAUAUUCGAUUCUUCGAGCUGAACACCGGCGCAAAGAUACCUUCCGUUGGUUUGGGCACGUGGCUCGCUGAACCUGGCGUUGUUGCUCACGCCUUGACCACCGCAACAAACGUUGGGUAUCGGCAUAUAGAUUGUGCGCAAAUUUAUGGAAACGAGAAGGAGAUUGGUGAUGCCUUGAAGAAGUUGUUUGAUGAUGGUGCAGUUAAGCGUGAAGAUAUGUUUAUCACCUCCAAGCUAUGGUGUAAUGAUCACUUGCCGGAAGAUGUCCCGAAGGCUUUUGAUAGAACUUUACGUGACUUGAAACUGGACUAUUUGGAUCUCUACCUUAUUCAUUGGCCAGUGAGCGCAAAAAACGGACAGCUUACCAAACCUGACAUACUUAGCACUUGGAGAGCAAUGGAAGCACUCUACAAUUCUGGCAAGGCUCGAGCUAUAGGGGUCAGCAAUUUCUCUGUAAAGAAGCUUCAGGAUCUGUUGGAUGUGGCACAUGUGCCUCCAGCUGUUAACCAAGUUGAAUUGCAUCCUUCUUUACAGCAACCAAAAUUGCAUGUUUUCUGCAAAGCCAAGGGAGUGCACUUAUCAGGUUAUUCACCUCUGGGUAAGGGAUUAAGUGAAAGUAAUCUCCUUAAAAACCCAGUUCUGCACACGACUGCAGAGAAGUUAGGGAAAACUCCAGCACAAAUAGCUCUCAGAUGGGGACUACAAAUGGGUCACAGUGUACUUCCUAAGAGUACAAAUGAUGCUAGGCUCAAGGAAAACUUUGAUCUAUUUGAUUGGUCUAUACCUGCAGAUUUGCUUGCCAACUUCUCUGACAUUGAGCAGGAGAGAAUAGUUACUGGAGAUGCUUUUGUUAGCAAGACAUCUCCUGGAUACAAGACAAUUGAAGAACUCUGGGAUGGUGAAUGA